GGGGUUCGCAGGGGCUUAUUUUCGGCUCUGAAGAGGUCCCCGCCCAACCUUCAAAAUUUUGUCCAAAAGCAGACAGGAGGAUCGCCCCGCGCUGAGCCGGCUGGUGGGCAGCAGGAGGCGCCUGAUCGCCGCCGGGGCGCUGGGGGUGGUGAUGGUGCUGCUGCUGGUCAUCCUCAUCCCGGUGCUGGUGAGCUCGGCCGGCACGUCGGCGCACUACGAGAUGCUGGGCACCUGCCGCAUGGUCUGCGACCCCUACGGGGGCACCAAGGCACCCAGCACAGCCGCCACGCCCGACCGCGGCCUCAUGCAGUCCCUGCCCACCUUCAUCCAGGGCCCCAAAGGCGAGGCCGGCAGGCCCGGGAAAGCGGGCCCGCGUGGCCCCCCGGGUGAGCCUGGGCCACCGGGCCCCGUGGGCCCGCCGGGCGAGAAGGGCGAGCCUGGCCGCCAAGGCCUGCCGGGUCCGCCCGGGGCGCCCGGCCUGAACGCGGCCGGGGCCAUCAGCGCGGCCACCUACAGCACGGUGCCCAAGAUCGCCUUCUACGCUGGCCUCAAGCGGCAGCAUGAAGGCUACGAGGUGCUCAAGUUCGACGACGUGGUCACCAACCUCGGUAACCACUACGAUCCCACCACGGGCAAGUUCACCUGCUCUAUCCCGGGCAUCUACUUCUUCACCUACCACGUCCUGAUGCGCGGUGGGGACGGCACCAGCAUGUGGGCUGAUCUCUGCAAGAACAACCAGGUGCGUGCUAGUGCGAUCGCCCAGGAUGCGGACCAGAAUUACGACUAUGCCAGUAACAGUGUGGUCCUUCAUUUGGAGCCAGGAGAUGAAGUCUACAUCAAAUUAGAUGGUGGAAAAGCCCACGGAGGAAACAACAACAAAUACAGCACAUUUUCUGGAUUUAUCAUUUACGCUGACUGAUAAUGUAGAAACUGAGCUUACUGUUCUGAGUCUGGACACUGGAUUCGUACGGCUAACAUCAUUGAAUCAAGGAUCCCAGGGGAAUGCCAGUUGCGGGGCCCCUCCGAUGUGUAUAUGUGGGGGAUUCAAAUGCUACCUGACUCACAUCUGUAGUCUCAGAAACAUUAUGUAAAAAAAAUAUUAAAAGCAAGAUAAGCAGAUGUGUGAUCCACUACCGCCAAAGCAAAUACUCCUUAUUGUUAGUGUCCAUGUGAAUGAAGUCCUAUAUAGAUAACAAAUUUUUAUAGAAAAAUCUAAGACACGAAUUAUUUCUUCAAUCUCUAUGAUACUUUGGUGUGCCGUGACCCUGCUGCUCUUACCCAUGUCAGCUUUGGUUCUUGUGAGUGUACCUGCUUAUUAUGAUACUCGGAGUCCAUUCAUAGUGUGGGGAGGAAUGAUUUUACCCUGCAGGAGAAGGUCUAAUUGAAACAAUGCUGCUUGUCCCCAAAGAAAUUGUUUGCCUUGUACUCUUGUGAACUUUAGAGCUAGACCUGGGAAUGAUUCAACUUCAAGCCUUAACCUGGAAUUUUCUGGAUUUGAGCGAAUUCCCAAGCCUAUGGUCAUUUUCCCAUUUCUUUUCUUAUGAAUUUUCUUUUCUCUUUUCUGGUGAUAGUCUUUAAAAAUAGAGGUUGAAAUUGUAUCAUAGGUUUACCCUCUAAGUGUGAAAAUGUGUACUAUGUAUGGUAUUAGAAAAUCCCUUAAGUGUCCAUUUUGUCAAUAGAAUGUGUUUAGAUUUACUUGGAAAGUCAGAGAAAUGUAUUCUUUGGUGUUAAAACAGACUGAGGCUUUUGCCUUCUUUGGAACAAAAGAUUAUUCAUAACCCAACACAUAAAGCUUUAAUUUGAGCUACUGCAUGCAUCACCAAGGGGACGCAAAGUAAGGCCUUCCAAUAGUUAAUGUAAGUCGUGGCCUGAGGUUAUUUCAAAAUGAACAAUUUCACAUAUAACCAGUAUGACAACAAAGUGUAUAUAUUUUAUAGAAAUACCUGCCACAUAUGUGUGUGUGUGUACACACACACACACACACACACACAU